AUGUUGAUCACUGUCUGUAAGUUGGGGUCCGGUGCGGACGGCGAGGGCGGAGUUCGUAAUCGUCCGGGCGUCUUCCGCGGUCUGCCCCAACGGGUUUUUAUCUUCCUCUUGAGCGUGUCCUGUCUAAAAAAGGAGUCUCGGAACUACCGGGACCGAAAUAAAAAGGAGCUUGCUUGGAGGAGGGUUAGCGAGGUGGUUGGUGUCUCGGUGGAAGUUUGCAAAAAGCGGUGGAAGAAUCUGAGGGACACAUAUGAGGUGCUGAAGACACUGCCACCACCACACAAGGCGGCCAUCCGCUGCACGCCUGGAAGUGGUUCUUCACCGGCAGCAGCUCCCCUCGGUGCAGGAACCUGCCCAUCUCCAGCCAUCCUCAUCCUCAUCCUGGAGAUGGGCAGGGCGCAUUAA